CCCAAAGCCACCAUCCUGGUUGCAGCUAGCUGCUGGGCUCUGGCGGUACCUGGUGUCCGGGCUCGGAGCGUGCUUCCAAGGACGGUUACACGCUCGCCUGAGGUUCGGGUCACUUAAACCUUCUCCGAGUCUCACCUUUUUUACCUGUAAAGUGGCAGGUGUGGCUUUCAGGACAAAUAAGAUAAUCGCUGUGAAAGGAUUUUACAAACUCUUAGGGGCCAGAUUGCCCUCCCUGGAGCUGCAAUGGAGGAGCCCCAGUCAGAUCUCAGCACCGAGCUCCCUCUGAGUCAAGAGACGUUUUCAUACUUAUGGGAACUCCUUCCUGAGAAUCCGGUUCUGUCCCCCACACUACCCCCGGCAGUGGAGGUCAUGGACGAUCUGCUACUCUCAGAAGACACUGCAAACUGGCUAGAAAGCCAAGUUGAGGCUCAGGGAAUGUCCACAACCCCUGCACCAGCCACCCCUACACCGGUGGCCCCCGCACCAGCCACCUCCUGGACCCUGUCAUCUUCCGUCCCUUCCCAAAAGACCUACCCUGGCACCUAUGGUUUCCGUCUGGGCUUCCUACAUUCUGGGACAGCCAAGUCCGUCACCUGCACGUACUCCCCUGACCUUAACAAGCUGUUUUGCCAGCUGGCAAAAACCUGCCCAGUGCAGCUGUGGGUCGCCUCACCACCCCCGCCCGGCACCCGUGUUCGCACCAUGGCCAUCUACAAGAAGUCAGAGCAUAUGACGGAGGUCGUCAAGCGCUGCCCCCACCAUGAGCGCUGCUCUGACUCUAGCGAUGGCCUGGCCCCUCCUCAGCACCUCAUCCGGGUGGAAGGAAACCUGCGUGCUGAGUAUCUGGAGGACAGCAUCACUCUCCGACACAGUGUGGUGGUGCCCUACGAGCCGCCCGAGGUUGGGUCUGACUGUACCACCAUCCACUUCAACUUCAUGUGUAACAGCUCCUGCAUGGGGGGCAUGAACCGGCGGCCCAUCCUCACCAUCAUCACACUGGAAGACUCCAGUGGUAAUCUGCUGGGACGUAACAGCUUUGAGGUGCGCAUUUGUGCCUGUCCUGGAAGAGACAGACGUACAGAAGAAGAAAAUUUCCACAAGAAGGGAGAGCCUUGCCCAGAGCCGCCACCCCCUGGGAGGAGCACUAAGCGAGCACUGCCCACCAACACCAGCUCCUCUACCCAGCCAAAGAAGAAGCCACUGGAUGAAGAAUAUUUCACCCUUCAGAUCCGUGGGCGUGAACGCUUCAAGAUGUUCCUAGAGCUAAAUGAGGCCUUGGAGCUGAAGGAUGCCCAGGCUGGGAAGGAGCCAGAGGGGAGCCGGGCUCACUCCAGCCCUUCGAAGUCUAAGAAGGGACAGUCUACCUCCCGCCAUAAAAAACCAAUGUUCAAGAGAGAGGGACCUGACUCAGACUGAAGUCCUUCCCUUCCUGUCCCCCAUUUACACACCCCACCCCUGUCCUCCUUUCCUACUAUUUUGAAACUCAGGUGCUUGAACCCGGUUUCAUACAGGUGUGCCUCCGAAACACCCAGGAAUUUAUCAUUUACCUUGGCCUGGGCCUCUACUAAAGAAGUUGGCCUGCACUGGUGUUUUUUAUGGGGUGAGGGCAGCUGGGACACUCCAGCUUCUAUUUUUAAGGUUUUUACUAUAAGGAAUGCUUGGGAGAGAUAGGAUAAUAUUCCAGCAUGUAAGAGUUAAAUUUUAAAAUCAGUCAUGGAACCAGCCAUACCUGGGUUGGAAGCCCAGAGCACCAGCAGACUAGCCAGGGAAGCUAUCUCAAGGUGUUUAAUUUCUCCUGAAAGCAAUGUACACAUCUAUAAAAUGCUGAUACCUACCUCACGGUGCUUGCUGUGAGGUUAAUGAAAUGAUGUAUCUAUGACCCAACAAUCCCAGAGGGCUGGGAGGUCAUCAGCCUGCCUGGCCUUAGAACCCUCAGGUUACAUGGCAUCUGGGCCUUGGCCCCUUGGGGGUGCUAGUCCCCUGUCCCUGUUGGUUGGUGGAUUGACUGGGUAACUGGUUAAGGGGAGGGAGUUUCCAAGUCCCUUUUUUGCUGGCCUAGCCAGCUCCUGUCUAGCCUGUCGGUAAACCUCAGCACCUUAAAGGAAACCUCACCCCAUCACUCUCGCUGGAGGAUUCCGGCUCCUAGUGGGGUCUGUAUCCACCGCCAUCUGUUUUACUGCCCCCAGGUGCUCAGGGUCUAAUUUCUUUUGCACUCUGGAGGGCACAUCUGUGUUCUUCACCUGUACGCCUUCCCCUCUUCCCUUUUUAUAUCCCAUUUUUAUACCUUUCUUAUUUUACAAUAAAAUUUUGCUAUCA